AUUGUUUAUUUAUAUUAAGUAUUUGGACAACAGUUGUCUAGUUGUUUAAUACAAACGUGUAAUUAAAUGUGUAAUAGUGUUGUAAUUAAAUAGUAGGCGAGAAAGAAAUUUCUUUCGAAAUGAAAUUGUAUAAAUUGUAUACACGCACUGGACCCUACAAAGGCAUAGAUGGUGACCUCUUAAUCAAUCAUGAGGAACAUCCCGAUGUUAAAUCUGGCGACAUUGUUGAAGUCUUCCAUCGCGAAGAUGAAGAGAACACUAGAGUGGUCUUGCAAGUGACAUUUUCCGAAAUGAAACGAGAUAUUAUCAGUAUAGAAAGUGCUGUGGCAGCCCAAUUUAAUCUUCCUAGAUUUGCCGAUAUCGUAAUGCGACCCGUUGAUAUCGCGGAAGUUACUUUAGAUUCAAUUGAAAUUACCUUUAAGGAUCAAUACAUGGGUCGUUCGGAAAUGUGGCGUCUGAAAAAAUAUUUGACCAAUACAUGUGUUUAUAUAAAUAAAAAGAUUGAUUACAAUGACAUGCAGAUCCGUUGUCAAGUAUACGAAAUGUGGUCCCAAGGAGAGCGUGUAUCGUGCGGCGUUAUAACGGAAGAUACCAAAAUUGUAUUCCGCAGUAGCACUUCAAUGGUCUAUUUAUUUCUGCAAAUGUCUUCCGAAAUGUGGGAUUUUGAUAUUCAUGGCGAUUUGUAUUUUGAAAAGGCUGUCAAUGGGUUUCUUACUGAACUAUUUCACAAGUGGAAAAAGUUAGGUAGUAAUCACGAGGUUACUAUAGUGUUAUUUUCAAGAACUUUUUACUCGGCUAAAUCGCUGGACGAGUUUCCCGAAUAUAUGCAAGAAUGUUUGCAAAUGGAUUAUAAAGGACGCUUUUACGAAGAUUUCUACCGCGUGGCUAUACAGAAUGAACGAAAUGAUGAUUGGUGCACAGUUUUAAGCCAGCUGAGGAAACUGUUCACCUCAUACCAAUCUACAGUUCUCAAUUAUCAUGCGCGCGAGGGAGUGAAAAUACCACCAGCUUAUAAUUCUACAGCAGCACAGGGUAAUUUUUUGGAGGUGUUAAACAUUUCAUUGAAUACUUUUGAAAAACAUUACCUUGAUCGAACAUUUGACCGCACGGGCCAACUGUCAGUCGUUAUAACGCCUGGAGUUGGUGUCUUUGAGGUUGAUCGAGAACUAACCAACAUAACUAAACAAAGGGUUAUUGAUAAUGGUGUAGGCAGUGAUUUGGUGUGCGUGGGAGAACAACCCUUGCACGCAGUUCCUUUGCUAAAGUUUCAUAAUAAAGAUACUUCGGUUACGUCUGCUGACGACUAUUCCUUGCCUCACUGGAUUAACUUAAGUUUCUAUUCAACAAAUAAAAAGAUUGCAUAUUCCAACUUUAUUCCGCGUAUAAAAUUACCACCAAUGAUUUGCAAAAUUACCACCAAUAUGGAUAAUAAGGGUGACAAUGAAAAUAAUUUUUUGAGUUGCAACCAAUCGGAAUACAUUCAUAAUUCAUUAUUUGAUUAUGAAGCUUAUGAUGACCAAAUAUUUCAAUUACCUCCAGCUCAGGGAACUUGUUCCUUGCAAAGAGUUGUCAGAGCUAAAAAAACAUCAGUGCCUAGUUUCGAAACAUAUGCCUACCAAAAUAACGAUUGGGAGAAUCUGACUCCAACGAAAUUGCCAAGCUUAAGACGAAAAAUGUCAGAUCCAGAUAUACACCAUGGUACCUCGGGAAUCCUAGCAGCGAUGAGCGAUGUUUCAAACCUUUCCGAAUCUCUAGCUUCGGAAAAAAAUGCCAGGCGAUCAAUUGUUUCCAUAGCACCAAUAGUGCGACCUGGUCGAUCCCUAAUAAAUCCAUUUGAUCCAUCUCAUGUAACUAUUAAAUUAACAUCGAAUCGUCGUCGUUGGACACAUAUUUUCCCAAAGGGUCCGACGGGAGUUCUUAUCCAACAACAUCACUAUCAAGCUGUACCCGCAAAACAAAAUUGUAAUAAUAACAAUAACAAUGAUAAUGAUUACUCGUCGUGUUAUAACUCUAUGGAAUAUGACCAUACAUCAAACUGCUCCACACUAAGCAGAUCAUUUUCAAACAGUUUUAGCGGAGAUGGCGACAAGUUUGAAAUUUCACGUAAAAGAAAUAAUUCUUUACUCAAUUCAUCGGGGAUUGUCCUUAGUUCAAAUGGAACUGCAGUACCGACAAAGAGUUUUCUUUGGGGCGCUACAGGCGAACAAGAGUGGACACCGGCCAUAACAACAGAAACCAAAACAUUUACAAAACCCACAGAGAAUGCUCGUAAAAUAUUAAACCCCAUUGUUGAAACAGAAACUUCAGUUGGAAAUAUGUUCGAGUCUGAGGCAGAUGGCAAAGGAAAAGUUAUCAUAGGUGUGGAUUGGAAAUCUCUUACCAUACCGGCUUGUCUGCCCAUCACAACUGAUUAUUUUCCUGAUAAGCGAUCAUUGCAUAAUGAUUACGUUAUUUCUGAUUAUACUCUCCUGCCUGAUGAUGUAAACUCGGAUUACGCAAACAGUCGUGCUAUCUAUCGGAAGCCGUUGACAACGGAAGAAGUUUGUACGGAAAUUGUAUCUCAGCGUUUGGCACAGGGAUUUCAGUUGAUAGUGAUAGAAGAAAAAUCGAGUAAUGCUCCGGCUCAGGCUCCAUGCUGUGGCGGUUUGAAACAACAGAGACCCACAUCAGUUCUUAACAUGAAUCCAUUUGCCGAACAGACUAAGGAAUACCUUUUAUCCAUUGGUCGAAUAUUCCACAAAAUAACAUUGAACGGAUCUGUGAUAACGGUAACUGGAUAUAGACCAAGGCAUCCCUAUCCUCCUAUUAACGUUGAUUAUCGUUACCGAUUUCAUGCUCCUCAGCAUGAAACAUAUGAAAUAUCAGGUGUUAAUUUUACAACAGAAAAAUUAGAGAAUUUCAACUGGAACUUUAUGGAUCACUACAUAUGCACAAGAGGAGAUACUGACUAUCCUUUAAUGGAGAAUUUAAAAUAUUGGCGCUUUCGCAUGUAUCUAUUGCCCAAGGAGAAUAAAGCUAUCAAUAAGAUCAUGGAGCAAAAAUGUCAAAAUUGCGAUGUUUUUACGGAGCCCUCCAUGGAGGGUGGGAAACAACAAAUUGAGGACUUUAUGAGAUUUAUGGAAGUUCACAUCAAUAAAUUGAAACGUCGUAAAGCUCGCGAUAGUCCUACCGCACAAAGUCAUCUAACAAGAAGGCGCCACAGUACCAGCAUAAUUUCCAGACCUCCGCCUAAUCAGGGCCUUACAAAUUCACCCUUUCGUGAACGAGUUGGCAGUAAUCGGUUGCCCGAGAAGAGACCAAGCUGCAUACGUCCCACUGUAGUCAAAUCCGAACGGGGAGCAGUUGGAGGACGCCUCAUUCAUCCAGCAGCAGAUGCCGCUGCUGCCGCUCUAGCAGAUAACAACCAACACGACGAUUGUGACGAGAAUACACGAGCCGAGAUCAAAUUACGAUCUAAUGCUACACUCAGUGAGAUUUUUGAAGCCAUAAAACACCCCGCGCACGGUGUCGCUUUUCUCUCGCAAACACAAAGUCUUCCUUCCUACACGUUUGUGUCAUUCGAUGCCCUGGUUUGGCUGAAAAACAAUCUCGACAAUAGUCGAAAUCCUUUGGAAGUUCUAGAGCAAAUGCGGAAAGAGAAAAUGAUUUGCCAUGCUUCGGGGGAUUUCAGCAAACCCAUAAUACCAGGUUUUUACCUAUAUUAUAUAGCUCAACAGGAUAAAAAUGCCAAAGAUUACGCUCCACCACUGAACGAUUUAAGUGCUUUCGAAAACGAAUGGAUGGAAAUUGAACUACUGGGUUGCAGCAAUUUGUGGCUGGAUGAAACGCAAUUGCCUCGGAUACCUAAUUUCCUAAAAGAUGUUCCGUCCCCACAAUCGUGGACAGAUAAUUGUAAAAAUAAAAAAAUUUAUCGACAUUCACACCUCGAAAUUGAUGUCAAUCAGAAAAGCGAACGCAUGGAAUGGGGCCAUGUUAAAUAUCACACGGUCAUGCAAUCAGGCUAUGCUUUUGAAAUAGUCGUUCAAUGGGUAACUUCUUCUGGUCCCAUUGUAUGGGAUUUGAUUAAUGGAUGGAUACGUAAAGCAAACCAGUGCAACUUUCAAUUAGUUCCAGUACCAGCAGACCCAAUGGCGGAACCAUUUACGGAAAAAUCGGACCCUCUUCGUGGUCCUAUAUUUAUACCGCUGGCCACAAGUGUUUUAAAUCAGUCUGAUGGUUUAUUUGAAGAGUUUGCUGAAGAAACUAGAGCAGAUCGUAUGUUGCUAUUCCAAGAAAACAUACUGGCACGUUUUGGAUUUCUACCCUGUGUGGUGGAAAAGAAAUUUUCUUUCAAUAAAGACGUCCCCAAGGAAUAUCAAUACGUGCACUGUUCUGGGAACAUGUUUGCUCUGAUCCGUUGUUCAAAAAACACAAACUAUCAAAUUGAUUCCCCAAGUCGCCAAGAAGCAAAUGUCACUAGGUGUGUAUAUGGUCAUACCAAUAACACCAACGUUCCCAAAAAGAUUGGCUUCCUAUGGGCGUGGAAUCACAUGAUACCUAAUAAGAAAUGGAAAUCUCUUGUUAUCACUAACUCCUCUGAGGGCGAACUGUUUCAACUGAAGAUGCUAAAGGAUUUCCGAGAAUUUUGUUCAAACACCGACGAUCGACUAUUGAACUUUUGGAAUUCUAGCCAUGAACUGAAGCGUCAAUCAUUGAGUAGCAUAGAAAAUAUUAACAACAAUAAUAAUAUUGAAAUCAAAAGCUAGGAAGUUAAUAUUCUCUAACAACAAAAAAUGUUUGUCAUUUCUAUUUUAAGUUAAUAUACAUGUAUAUUUGUAUAACUAUAUGAAAAAUUGUUGUGAACACUAAAUACAAUAUUGAGUUAAAGUUAAAGUAAAAAAGUUUAAAA